UCGAGGAUGGCGGCAUCCACGGCACUGAUCCUGCAGGAGAGCCCCAGCAUGAAAAAAGCAGUGUCGCUGAUAAAUGAAAUAGAUAUAGGAAGAUUUCCACGAUUGCUCACCCGAAUUCUUCAAAAACUUCACCUGAAGGCUGAGAAUAGUUUCAGUGAAGAAGAGGAAGAAAGACUUCAAGCUGCAUUUUCUCUAGAGAGACAAGAUCUUCACCUAGUUCUUGCAACAAUAUCAUUCAUUUUAGAACAGGCAGUAUAUCACCACAUGAAGCCAACUGCUUUGCAGCAGCAGUUAGAGAACAUUCAUCUUAGACAAGACAAAGCAGAAGCAUUUGUCAAUGCUUGGUCGUCUAUGGGUCAAGAAACAGUUGAAAAAUUCAGGCAGAGGAUUCUCACACCCCACAAGCUGGAGACGGUCGAUGGAUGGCAGCUUAACCUUCAGAUGGCUCACUCUGCCCAAGCAAAACUAAAAUCUCCUCAAGCUGUGUUACAGCUAGGAGUGAGCAAUGAAGGGUCGAAGAGCCUGAAGAAAGUUCUUGUGGAAUUCAGUCACAAGGAAUUGUUUGAUUUCUAUAACAAGCUUGUGACCAUACAAGCACAGCUGGAUUCCCUUACAUGAUGUUCUCGAAGACUUGU